UUGCUCAUAACAUUGACGAACGUUGUUGAGUUGACUGAUAUGCACAAAAAACUGCUUCCCUAACUUUUCAUAUUUAACGUAAAGAAAAUAUGGUAAUUUCGUUGAUACUCUCUGCAUAAAGUGACCUAGACAAAGGAUCUCAUGCGGAUACGGGUUACUUGUCGAAUCCUAUGUCGUCGAAAAGGUAAGUCGUCGAAAUCAACUUGUCGAACGGAAAACUCGUCAGAAAGGCAAGUCGUCGAAUUUAGGUGGCAUAAAACUCAUCGAAUUUCAUGCAACAUCUUUACUAAUUUUACCUAUAUAAUGAGUUCACAAGUAUGCACAAUACAUGUGCAUCGUGGGACAGAUAUACGCUGCGGACAUUCUAAAAUACUUAAAACACUAUACAGCUGUACACGACACGUUUCCAGACGCCGUACUUCACGGGUGUCAUUUUCACUAUACUCAAGCAUUGUUUAGACAUUUGGCACACAAUUUAAACAACCAGUACGACCAAGACGUUACAAUGGCAUUAUUAAUAUAAAAAAUAUUCGGUCUCGCAUUUGUUCAGCCCGAUGAUUUAAGAGUGGCAUUGCGAGAAUUGAAAGUAUCGUUCAAUUUUAAGGGUCAAACUAAACUCGAACUGGAUGAAUUUUUUAGUUAUGUUCAAAAAACCUACAUCGGUGUACGAUGCACCAAUGAUUCCAAUACUCUUCUGGAAUGUGCACCAACGUGUAUUAGAUAAUAUUUCCAGAACCAAUAAUGCAGUGGAGGCCUGGAACAGGCGGUUUGGCAUUUUUGUUGAGAGUUCUCAUGUAAAUAUUAUUUUAUAAAAUUAUAAUUUAUAUUUAGAAUCGUAUUUUAUUAAAAAAAAUACUCUCGACAAGUAUUAUUUUCGACCACUUGCCCAAACGGCGAGUUACCCUUCAGACGACCAUGUUUUCGACGAGCUACCCUAGACCCAAAAUGACCAACCUCAACCUCCCGUCUCAAGUCAGCCUCGUUUUCUUCCUCUCAGUCGUCGGGGUCACUUCCCUUCUCGGAAAUGGCCUCGACAUCCUCUCCUGGUUCAUCCUCGCCCCUGUCCGCACCCCCCAAAACAGUUACAUCCUUUCCCUCGCCAUCGCCGAUUUUCUCGUCGGCGUCUUCCUCGUUCCCUCCAUGAUUGGCGAAAUUGCCUCAAAUAAAUGGCCCUUUGGUCGAACAUAUUGCCAGUUUUACAUCAUGAUCGCACUCCUCCUCUGUACCGUGUCGGUCCUCCACCUCGUCGCCAUCUCGAGGGACAGGUAUCACGUCGUUUUCGACACACUCACGUACCGCGCCAGACGCCGAUUUCCCUUAUUUUUGAGGAGAAUUCUCCUAAUCUGGAUUUUGGCCGGAUAUCUGAUCGUGCCUCCGAUGCGAGACUGGAACGCGAUCGGAGACCGGACAGAAAUCGGGAGCGGGCUUUGUAUUGCCAACACGACCCGCGAUCUCGGCGUGACGGUCGCCUUCGGAAACUUAUUUCUUCCACUUUCAAUCAUCGCGGGAACUUAUUUCGCCAUCCAUAAGGAACUUAGGAGAAGAGGGGACGGGAUUGGGCGGUCGUGUUACAGGUCGAGGGGAACCCUGCACAUAAUUUUUGACAAUGGGUCAGGAUCAAGAUCAACUUCGGUGGGAAGUGGGGCCACGCGAGACUUGAUAAUUAGUCAGGAUUACAAAGCGACAAAAAUGCUGGGGAUUAUUGUCGCCGCGUUUGCAUUGAGUUGGACCCCGUUCGCCCUGGGAUAUGCGAUUAUUGGAUUUAUUCCGGAGGAUAGGAGGAAAUCUAUGAUAGCUCAACCGAUCAUGGUGGCGAUUGGGUACAGUAAUUCGGCAAUGAACCCGAUUAUUUAUGGCUUAUUCAACACUAAUUUUAGGGAAGGGUUUAAGAAAAUUUUAUUUUUUUGGAGAAGUAGAAAAUAGAUAAUAAUAUAGUUAAAUAAUUAAUUUUGAUUUGUGAAAAUUAAGACUGAUUUAAUAAAACGGGUGAAGUUCAAUGCAAAAAUGAAAGAAUUUGCACAUUAAUCAAUUCGUAUAUAAAUAGAUCAGAAUAUGACAUCAACUUCUUCGCUGAUCUCUUCAAAAUUAAAUUCUGAAUUUCCCACGGUUUUUAAAAUUUUCGAGUACGUAAAUUCUGGAAUAGUUUUAACUUGCUUUCGUAACGCAUUGAC